GGCUCCGAGUUCAGACGAGAUACACACAUACACGCACACACACGCUUACGUUUCGAAUAGGCACCAGCGAGACGGAAAACAAAAUGUCGACCAUUUGCAUUUUUCCGUAUUAACUUUUCUGUGCUAUAUUUUAGAGUUCUUUGCUGGGAAGAUGAAGUUCCGCGCUCUGAUGCAGGAUCCGUUGUACAUGCGGGAGUUCCAGGCCAUUGUGGCCACUUUGGCCAAACUGGCAAAGGAUUGCGUGAUGAUCCUGGGCUCUCGACAGAUGCACUUCAUCGUGAACGAGGACCAGAGCUCCGCUGCGUCGCCCUUGGUUUGGGCCAGCAUUGCAGCCGAGGAAUACUUUCCGGAGUAUCGUAUGGAGGCUGCCCGCCCGGAUCAGGAAUACAUAGUUCUGGGCAUGUCUUCGGCUAACCUCGGAAGAGCAUUUUCCGUGCUCCGAGGGGGCGUUAAUAGCUGCAAGCUGAAGCUGCAAAGGAUUCAGUUUCCCUGCAUUUCGGUUAUAGCCUCGGUGCUCCUGUCUUCUUCUACAGAAGCGCGCGAAGUGGUACACGAUGUUCCUGUGACCAUAAUCCCAGCCAGCGAUUGGUCCGCCUAUGUCGUACCCAGGGUUCCAAACUCUCAACUGGCUUUGAGUUUGCCAAGUUUACGAUUGCUGCGAAGUCUCAUCGAUAAACUAAAAAAUGUAUCGCCUAGCCUUGAGUUCCAGGCCAGCUUUGAUGGGGAGCUAAAUGUUAUAGCCACUUCUGAAAUGUCCACUGUGACCAGUCGAUUCCAAAAGUUAUUGAUACGAAAUCUGGUAGGAUCCCAGCAGGAGACCUCCUGCUCCGUGGAUUCCAGAAAAGCCUCUGCCUUCUUUGGUGCACUGCAACUCCCCAACGACGAGCUAACCAUUGGGAUUGACCGGGAGCAUUCCAUCCAUCUGCAAAUAGAUGUCCGACAGGAUGUCGUCCUACAUUCCAUUCUGCCCGCCGUCUGUAUGUAGUUUAAGAGCGGAUUUAUGGUUCUAGCAGUUCGCCCUGAAAUAAAUAUUAAGAGAGAA